UUAUUUUAAUCAAUUGUUUAUAUUGUUUGAAAACGCUUCAAAAUGGAGUAGUUGCGUGCUAAACGGGUACUAGUCUUAAUUAGUAUGGCCUACAUAAACAUCGCAGAAUGGACGCCCGACCAAGUAACAGACUGGAUACGAGGCCUCGACGAGUCCAUGAAAGGCUAUUUAUACGAAUUUUCUAAACAUGAGAUUGGCGGACGAGCUCUGCUCAAUAUACGUCCAUAUGAGCUGGAAAAUAUUGGCAUGCAGGCGAUUGGGCAUCAGGAAAUUGUGUUGGAGGCUGUGGAAAAUUUGCGCAAUUUCCAUUAUCAUUUGAAGAAUGAUAAUCUGCAGUUUAUGGCAUUGCAUGUGGGCACGGCAGCACGCAAUCUGCAUCGCGAACUGGCUAAGAAUCAUGCAGAUAGCAAAAAAGUGGACACGCGGACGUUGCAUGAUAUAACGCGAACCAUCGCAACGCUGAAACCACUGAUAGGCAAUCUGGAGCGCUCACCGUUUCGCAACCAGGACAUGUAUAUGGAAUUCUGCACGAAUGUGCUGCGUUGUGGAUUGGAGCUGGCAACUAUAGCGCAUCGUGAUCGAUUUGCGGAACGUCCAGUGGAGCAAAUCAGCAAGACAGCGCAGCGUCUGGAACAGCUGGCCAACUUUGUCAUACAGGAUAUAUCGGAUCCAAUGGUGCUGCAGCCUGCGUCGCUUAAUCUGGUGACAUUAAAGAAGCGUGAAUCCGAUUUGGGAUUUAAUAUAGAAUCCAGCUAUAACGGUAUACAUCGAGUGACGGACAUUAAGUUCAAUUCCCCAGCACACAAUUCCGGCAAAAUAGAGGAUGGCGAUGAGAUUGUGCAGAUUAACUAUCAAACAGUGGUGGGCUGGCAGCAUAAGGCGGUGCUGCAGCAGCUACGUGAGGCGUUGCCCGAUGUGGUGUUGACGGUAAAGAAGCGUCCCAAGCAUACCAAGAUGUAUGGACAGAUUUAUAUGCAGCCGUAUCGUUUGCCAAGCAAAAAGCGCAAUAUGGCCAGUCGCUGGGCGGACAAUCUACCCAGUCCCAGUCCGCGCGCAUUUCUAACGCUGGAAACAACGCCCAAGCUGACGCAAAGCGAACAAGUGGACACCAUAACAACAACAACGGGCGAGGAUGAUGUGACAGAAGCUGCGGAGCGCGCACUGACCCAAACGCAAACGUGUAAUCCACUGCAGACGCAGGCGCAGGCCGCCUCUGACUCGGACUCCAGCUGCAGUGAUCUGCCCACGCCCACAGACAACAAGUCCGCCAGCCGUGAGAUGCGUUUGUACUAUCCCAAACCCAGAGCGCUGCUGCAACGGCGCAACACCAUCUGCGGCGAUGAGUUCUUAAGUCGCAAGCAUCCGCAUCUGGUCAUUCCCAGUUGGCAUGAGCGCAAUCCUGGCGGUAACAAAGCUGCUUCGUCCGCCGCCGCUGCCAGCUGUGAACCAAGUUCGCCCAGCAUACGUGACAAGUCCAUUAGCUUUGGUUAUGGCCUGGAGCUGGCGCCCAGACCUACGACCUGCAUUGGCUUGGCCGCCACCAGCGAGAGCGCCGAUGCAGCAAAACGUUUGUUUAGCGAGGCGCGCAAGCUUAAGCAACUCACUAAUGAUGUCUGUCGGGAUUAUCAGCUGCCACCGCCGUUGCAGACGCCGCCGCCGCAGCCACCGCGCUACAAGCCCGGAGUUAGCAAAGUUGUGCGCUUUGAUGCGCACAUGAAGGUGGAGGACUAUGUGGUCAAGAACGAGAAGUUUACGUGCAAUGUUGAGAACACCAUACUGGAGACUUUUGAGCCCAUACCCUUUGCUGACGAGGGUGACGAGGAUGCGUUGGAAACGUUGCGUCAAAGCACCAGCGACACCAGCGCCGAAGCUCUGCUGCAGGCUAUUGAACUGGCAACGCGUGAUACGCCACCGCUGGCUGAAGCAAUCAAUACGCCGCUUAUACAAAGUCGUCGAGGUCGCUUGGACAAAAGUCACAGCACGCCGGCGUAUGAUAAUUCUGGCGAGGAAGAGUCGGAUACGCCGCCGCCUGCCGUCGAGCCACGCAAAGAGUUUCUGCUUGUGACACCGCCAGCGCCGCCGCCGCGUCCACGCAAGCAGACGCAGCCCCCGGUAGUGCCCCCGCCGCCACCUAAACCCGCCAGCAUGCAACCAGGAGCAACAGCCUCAACACCCACUAUAGUGGAGCAAGAGGCCAGUGAGCUGUUGACGCCCAGCAAAACGCGCACUUUGACGCUGAAGAAGAAGCACAGUCUGAUGGCCAAGAGGCGUAACAUUAAUCUGAAACUCUUGGGCACGGGCGACAUACAGGGUCAUCUCUAUAGACGCACCAAGAAUAAUGGCGUCACCUACUGGGCGCGCAUUUAUUUUGUGAUGCUGGACACCAUACUCUAUGGCUUUCGGAACAAGGACAGCAGCAGCGCCAGCUUGGUUAUUUUCCUGCCCGGCUUUACGGUCUCCUUGGCCAAGGAAGUGCACUCAAAGCCACAUGCCUUUAAGGUUUAUCACACUGCCAAGUGUUUUUACUUUGCUGCCGAAUCGUUGGAUGCACUGAAUCAAUGGGUGGAAUUUCUGCGCCUGGCAUCGCAGAAGCUGCCGGCUGUGAGCAGCGAUGCGAGCAACAGCAAACAGUUGUACUCGGAGAACGAAAGCAGCGGCGAGGAGGAGUCAGAGGCGCUUAUCAAUAGCAAUCUCUGCACGCCAUCGCCGCAGGCACAGAAGGAUGUGGUUGCCGCAUUGGCGGGAGCAACGCCACCCAGCAGUAACCUGAGCAGUAACAACAGCUUGAAACACGAUCGCAGCUAUUUGGACUCGCUGCGUAAGCUGACACGUGGACACUUUAAGAGCAAUACGGCCAAGUCGAAUGCUAGCGAUAUACCCGUGCCCACAGAGAAGUUUCGCACGUUUCGCAAAGUGCCUGGUGGCAGUUGUGGCAUACAGAUAGGCGCCAAUACCCCGGGCUAUCAUGAUCCGGCUCAACCGCCCACGCCAACGCCGCUGACGCUGCCGCUUUCGCCAGAGGUGAUGACGCUGCCACGCAAGCUGUCACGCAGCUCCAGCCGCAGCUCAUUGAUGAGCAGCGCCAGCGUCAGUCUGGGUCCACCCAACUCACCUGCGCCUACGCUUAGCUCGCUGCAGCAGCAGCCUAGCUUUGAGCAGAGCCAGAGCGCCAGCGCCAGUGAGAGUCCCAGCCCCAGUCCAAGCGCCAGUCCCAGCCAGAGUCAAAGUCCCAGCAGCAAGUCGAGCUUGAAAAAGAUGCCCUAUCACUAUUUGCAUGCCAGCAAUCCCAAUCUGGAGGUCUUUGAGUACAAUCAUUCGCACAACAAAACGUUUCUGGCCAAGAAGAGCGGCGACAGCGCGUUGGAUGCACACCAUCAGCCCAGCAAUAUACAGGGAUUCAUGACGCUGAAGGACCUAAUGCUGCGCAAACAGCAUGAGGAGUCUCAGGAGAUGUACAACAAUCGCGUGCACCUGGGCGUGGAGAAGCAUCAGCGGCACAUGCGCAGCGAUUCCAAUGCGAGUCAGCAAGGUGCAGCGGCAGUGACGCCGAGCGCAGUAGCCAAUGCUGCGCCAGCUGCAGCCAAUGGCGGCACUGCUGAGAAGCCUGCCAAGAUACAAAGCUUGAGUUUGCCCAAAACGCCAGACUAUGAGUAUAGCUUUAAGCCGGAUGAUGAGAGCAUCAAACGCACGCGCACCAAAGAGGGACAAAAGCUGCGUGACUUUGGCUAUGAGUUGAUAUUCGGCGAUGAGCCGAGCGCUGGCAGCAGCAGCCAAGCUAGACAGCAACAAUUGCAGUUGCAACAGCAGCAACAACUGCAACAACAACUACAACAACAGCAGCAGCAGCAGCAACAAAGCUCGCGCUCCAAGUCUUUUUUGCGCUCGCAACAUUUUUCCAGCUUUCUGCACAAGAGCAGCAAAAAAUUGAGCGGCGAACUGAACGAUUUCGGCAGCGGCAACGGCAGCGGCAAGAAGUCCAAAAGCAAGACUAGUUUUGCCAUGACCAUGACGCUGCCUUUGAAUAAAAAAUCAAAGUCCAAUCAUGCGCUGGAUGCCAGCAACAAUGCACCAGGCAGCAGCAGCAGCAGCGGCAUGGGAAGCAACAUAAAGAAAAGUCAAACUUACAACCAGGAUCUGCGUGAUAAGCUGGUGGGCAGCAAAUACGAUGCGCAUCGCAAGAACUCUGCGCCCAUACCCAUAUUUGCCAAGCUGUCGAUUUCAGGUGCCACUCCCACGCGUGUAGCCAAAGAGAAUCGCUUUCUAGGCUCGCCGCUGCUGCAUCGCACACUGUUUGGACAUCAUCAGCAGCAGCAGCAGCAGCAGCAACAGCUGCAGCAACCAACGCACUGUUUGGAUGCAGAGGCAGACUGUGAUCAGGAGAUAUUCUCACAGGUGAUAUUUCCCACUUCGAGCAGUCAGCGCAGUUAUCGUGCGCCAGCUGCCGUAACCAGCACUAAUCUUUGCGCUUCGGAGUCGCUGCAGCCACCAUUGCCACCUGCGCCGCCGCCGCCCACAGCAGCGCACAAAGAGGAGCCAGCAACACCUACACCAACGCCAGCAGCAGCAGCUGUUGCUACUGCUGCCGCUGAGCCUGUUACGCCAAAAGUUAGCAACACCAAUUCUUUAGAUUCGAAAGCCGCCACACCGGACUAUCCCAACAUGGAGUGCCCCCCAGUAUUUGAGCCCGAGAUUUAUUCGCUCAGCGAGCCCAACACCAGUCUCUCGCGUCUCAUGCUGCGCAACAACAGCAACACCAGUAACAGCAACAGCAACACCAACACCAAUAACAAUAAUAAUAAUAAUAAUAACAACAAUAAUAGCCAGAGUCCCAGUGGCGGCGAACAUCAAACCUAAACGUCUGAUGUAAACGAUUGUGAAUGCUCUACAUUAUUAUUAUAUAUCAAUAUAUAUAUAUACAAAGCAUACUCUCUGUUAAGUACAUACAUACAUACUCGAUAUAUAUUUAUACAUGUAUAUGUACACAGAACUAUGUUUUACACAUUGGUAUUUGUCGUCUUUCCAUUUCCAUUUCCAUUACCUUUUACCAUGUUUUUCCUCACACCUCACUCAAUCACCUUUUCCCUUAUAUACAUAUACAUAUAAGUAUUUAGAUUUAUGCAUUUUUGCGCCUUAAUUUUUGCAUUACAAAUAUUUUUGGUACUAGUUAAAUUUGUUGUGUAUAAUAAGCAAAAGUCUGCUAGCUAUAUAGACAGUGCUAGCUAGAGCUCGAAAACGAGAGAGAUAAUUCUUUAUGAUUUGCCUUUGUAAUGAGAUUAACCAAGUUAAUCGCCAGCUGUUUGAUUUGCUCGACAGUUCAUAUCUAGCAUAUUUUAGUGAGUGCAUAAAACAAAUGUUAUAGUGAAUAUAUACUAUAUACACACUAAUGUAACACCAAGCGUAUUAAUAAAGUCAACUGUACAUAAAUA